AGCAAUCGCACGCUGCGCUGGCUCGCGCCUAUGUGCUACGUCAUUCUCAUCUUGAUUCCAACGACCGAAGGUCGGGACCCCUUGUCGCAGACCCAGCGAUGGACCCACGAGGCGUGCGCGAUAUCGGCCUUCAUGCUCUUUUUGGCGGCGGAGUCGCACACCUUAUUCUGUAGUGAUCUGAUCGUCCGAAUGUCGGAUGGGAAAGAGCGGCGAUUGUAUCCGAUGAAACACAUCAGCUCUUCAGAGCGGCAAGCACCUCCGGCUGAGCAUCUUCAACAAAACAAGGUCUUGUCUUCAAUGUCAGUAAAAAACAAGGGCUUGUCUCCUGACAGCGAGUGCUCAGUUCUUCUCCAUGCGCACAGUGUGCUGGAAGAACAAGAUAGUGGGGAUUACUACAGUAAAUGUUGGAGCGUUAUAGACGUGAGGCGAGUCGUACACUUUUUUCGACGUGUGGUACGAUUUUCCUGUGCAAGAUGCUCGUGCUGGCCCAGUGAUGUGUUUCAGACCGUGAAUAACCUCCAAAGCAACUUGCGUUCCUCUGUUAUCAGUGUCGGCGAAUUCUCAAUAAACGGUGGCUCGCCAGGUACUCCUUCGAAGGAUGUAAUCUCGAAAGCAACGGAGGUCGACGGAUGCGCCGUGCUGCACGAGUGUGAAAAUUGCGGAAUCCUGGACGGAUGCGAGGGCUCUGUGCGUGUCGACCAUUGCUCGCAACUCGAAACGCCACUGCUCGCGUCGGGAGGUGAAGAUGCGCGCAUGCAAUCUGGGCAGCUACAGAGCGUCGCAGUAGAGGUUGCAGUAGAAAAGGAGGUCUGUGACGAAGCCGGAGCUAGAUUUGGUGCUGCAUAUUCGAAUAUGAUCAUACCAGAGCAUGAGGAUGAAGAUGAGGCGGUUGCAAGAAUCGACGAUGAUGAAACGCUUUAUGACAUCGACAAAGGAGUUGCGGAUGAAGACGCCGAGGAGCUCGCAAAGAGGAGUCCAGGGCCUCAGUUUUUCGCGUCGUACAAAGGUUUUGACGACGCCGAACAGUUUGACGCUUUCGUUUUUGAGAGUCGAAGUUUUCGCAUGUUCGAGCCCGAGCGCAGCGGACGCUUGACAGCGGUGCUCCUCUCAUUCACCUCCUUUACGCUUUUUUUUUUCGUCCAGGUUCUUUGGGCCCUCGAGAUUCGCGCGCCCAGUUUAUCCAUGCUUUCUUUCAUGUUCGAAAUGUUUGGCGUGCUCUUCACUUUCACUGGCCUCGCCAACAUUUGGUACUACGCAAAGCCACUGCAGAGUUCACGACAGUGGGGUCGUUACAACCCUGCAGACAGUGCGCAAACUUUCAAACGUGCGUUGGAUUCUGUUGCCCUCACGGCUGUAGGUCUGAUGGUGGCACAUUUUUAUGUGUUGUACCGCUUUUGGUCGCCGGCGAUCGCAGUAAGCAAUUGUUUGGAUGCGAGCUGCGAAACUUGUUUACCUGGCACGGAUCAUGACGGCAACGUGCAGACAGAUGGAUGGCGUGCCUGCGACACUCUCACUUCCGAUGCGCUUUUUUGGACCACGAAGUUAGGGUCCGCGUGUUUUUGCGAUUCGCGUCCAGAAAACGGCCUUGUUCAGGCAGAAACAUAUCUCCGCGACGCAUGGGAAAAGUACCGAACGAUGUCAUCGUCGGAGAUUGGGGGUGUGGAUGAAGCGGCCAUGCGCUCUUUCGGAAACGCUGUGUUCAAUAGUACAGGCGCUUCUGGUAAUAGCAAAGAAGUGGACCAGCGGUUGGGAAGCGAAGUUGCAACUUCUACAAUAUAUCCAUUCGCAAAUAAUAACGCCACCUAUGCAGCUGCCUCGGGUGACAGUAUGAUGGGACGUGGCACGAACAACUUGGACAAGGCAGGAUUGGAUUCAACUACUACUGAUUUGUCGGCGGCACCUCUUUCUCAUGAGAGGAGUGAAGCAUUGGGCGGAUCGCGUUGCCGGCCACCUGCCUAUCCUUAUUUAGUCGACGUUGCCCCUGCAACAAUGCCGUUUUCGCUUAUUCGACUUGAAGGCUGCCAAAUUGACGACGUGCGACGAUUGCGGGACCCGUCUUUAGCUUAUUUAGAUACGGAUGGUAACCCCGUUGCUGACUUCGCGGCGAAAGGCAUAGCCUGUGCCCUACUUUCGCGAAAAUACCAGAAGACGGGACAACUAUCGUGUGGAGUGGGUGUCCCUGCAUCCGAAUUGAUGGUAUAUUGCGCUGAUGACUUGGGUCGUCCAUUGAGCGCAUUUUCGCCUGACAUAGAACAAGUCUGCCGGGGAACGACGAUUAGGGAAACAAGCGAUCUGUAAUUAAUUUUUUUUUGGUUUUUUCAAUCCGAUCCUUUGCAUUUCCUAUGCCGAAGAGGAUCUCCAUCUCCUUCCAC